UAUUUUUCUUUUUUUGAGAAGCGUCUAUUAGAGAAAGUUGCUAACCCUUGUUGAGAGGGCCGGGCGUUCACCCGCCAAGACGUUUAAUCUGCAUCUUAGUCGUGAGGGAGAGAUUGGCGUCCUGUUCACAGAGGAGGAAACAGGCCCCCAAAGGUAACCAUUGUGCGGUUCAUAUCAGCAAUGAAAUCUUCUGAAAGCUAAGAGCAGAAGCCUUUUUGGUCAACAUGGACGACAAGAGACGGCGAGCCCGCGUGCAGGGAGCCUGGGCCGGCUCAGCCAAGAGCCAGGCCGUUGCUCAGCCAGCUACCACUCCUAAGAGCCAUCUCCACCAGAGCCCUGGUCAGACCUGGAUGAACAAGGAGCAUCAUUUGUCAGAAAAACAGUUUGUAUUCAAAGAACCCCAGCAGGUGGUGCGCACAGCCCCAGAGCCGCGAGUGAUUGACAAAGAGGGUGUAUAUGAAAUUAGCCAGUCACCCACAGGCAUAUCUCGGGUGCGUUUGUAUCCUGCCUUUGUUGACUUAAGAGAAGCCGACUGGGUAUUGGAGCAGCUUUGUCGGGACGUUCCCUGGAAACAGAGGACCGGCAUCAGAGAGGAUGUAACUUACCAGCAACCAAGACUCACAGCAUGGUAUGGAGAACUUCCUUACACUUACUCCAGAAUCACUAUGGAACCAAAUCCUCACUGGCACCCUGUGCUACGCACACUUAAGAACCAAAUUGAGGAGAACACGGGCCACACCUUCAACUCCUUGCUCUGCAACCUUUACCGCAAUGAGAAGGACAGUGUGGACUGGCACAGCGAUGAUGAACCCUCACUAGGGAGGUGCCCGGUCAUUGCUUCUCUCAGUUUUGGUGCCACGCGCACUUUUGAGAUGAGAAAGAAGCCCCCGCCAGAAGAGAAUGGAGACUACACCUAUGUGGAAAGAGUGAAGAUACCCUUGGAUCACGGGACCUUGCUAAUCAUGGAAGGAGCUACACAAGCGGACUGGCAGCAUCGGGUGCCCAAAGAGUACCACUCUAGAGCACAGAGAAUAAACCUGACCUUUCGGACAGUCUAUCCAGACCCGAGAGGGGCGCACCAGUGAUGUGAAAUCUUUGAGAGAGAAGCCGUGCUGAGACUGAGCAACCCUUCCACCGUGAAGAAACUUCUAGAGGCUGGUCCAGCUGAUCUCUCCGGAUGGCUGUUUGGAAGACAAGGGUGGACUGACUUCCCAGCUCAGAGCCCUGUUAACUACCAGCCAGCAGUUCACAUCCAUAAAAUGUUUACUGUGGGAACAGUAAUCCCUAAUCACAUCUUGAAAGCACAUAUUUUGUUUAGGCAAAUUAAAAACCCCUACGGCUGUGCUCACGG